AUGACUGAACUCAGCGUUUACGACAACGACCCGACCAUAUACCUCUUCACAUCCCUGACCGCCGGGUCUUCGCACAUCAUCACUGCCACCUCGCGAAUCGAAACAAUUCUCAGAGCGAACAAGAUCCCAUUUAAAGGGGUAGACACAGCUACUGACGAGCUAGCUAAGAAGCUGUUCCAGCGGAGAGCAAGUGGAAAGAAGUUGCCCCUGAUAGUCAAGGAGGGAUAUGUGCUAGGUGGCAUCACUGAGAUUGAAGAAUGGAACGAAUACGACGAGAUCAGAGAGGCACUGGGGGUGACCUCAGCCUUCACCCCCUUUCCCGCCAAACCAGGGCCGCCGCCCAUGGCCGCCUCCACCAGCACCGCCGCGCCCACAUCGCUCAAGAGCGCAGCUGCAAAGGAAGAUACCACCCCAACCCUAAGCCCAGAGACGAAUCUCGCGUUGCGAGAGCUGGGUGCUGAAGCAGCAAAGAAGGCAGCUUCAUUGAAGCCCACCCCUGGCAAUAUCAAGACUACCAAUCCGCUGUUGGCCGAGAAGACGAAUACCCCGACUUCUGCUUCGAUGCUCAAGAGUCCGUUAAAGGAGGAACUGAAGAAUGUUCUUUCGCCCCGGACCGUUCCCCUGCCUGGUACACCAAAGGUUGCGACACCGACUACACCCAGCGUCACGACGGAUGCAAAGGCGGAUGCUCCCACGGUGGAGGCAGAUGUAAAGGAAGAUGUAAAGGAAGAUGUAAAGGAAGAUGUAAAGGAAGAAGCGGAGGCGGAGGUGGAAGUGAAGGAUGAGGCAAAAGCUGAGGCGACAACCGAAGAAGAGACUGAAGCAAAGACUGAGGCUACAGCUGCACCAAAGACUGAGACUAAGGCUGCACCAAAGACUGAAGCAAAGGCUACAACAAAGACUGGAAUAAAAACUGCAGCAAAGGCCGGAUCAAAGACAGAAGCAAAGACCGAGGUAAAGAAGGGGGUGAAGGCGAUAGUCAAGCCCUCUGUCAGCAAAGAUGUCAAGGCUAAGGACACCAAGGCGAAAGAUACAAAAGCAAAAGACGUCAAAGCAAAAGAUGUCAAACCAAAGGAUACGAAGACGAGCACUACAGGCUCUAAAAUACCAAAAGCGUCAUCAUCAUCAUCGACAACGACAACAACAACACGGAAACCCACAACUGGUCUCUUUGGCAUGCCAAAGGCUGCGCCAAAGUCCAAGCCCAAAACUGCAUCUGCAUCUACAAGCAAAACUGCAACCUCUGCAACCUCUGCAUCAGCCAGAAGGGCUGCGACCUCGACAUCUGCUAGCAAGGCUGCAGUCAAACCCAAGGACGCAAAGCCAAAGGAUGCAAAGCCAAAGGAUGCAAAGACGUCAAAAGCAACUGCCGCAAAGAGCAUUCCCAAAAUAUCUGAUGUACAGAAACCCGUCCAAACACCUCCUUCCAUGCAUGAUGAUGCCAAGAACCCCGCGCUGAGUGCUGGUCCGGUAAGCACUACGCAGGCAGAAGCUAGUAAAGAGGAAGAGGAUAAGGAGGGUAGUGACGAGGAGGAAGAAGACUCCGAAGAGGAAAGCUCUGAGGAGGAAGAUGAGGAGGAGACAGACAAGGAUGCUAGCACAGCUGCAGCCACAAAGGAUGGGGCUGCUGUUGCCGCCGUAACCAAGGAAAGCAGUUCCGAGGAGGAUGAAGACGACAGCGACGAGGAAGAAACCGACGAAGAAGAAGAAGCAGAGGGCGAAGCCGCAAAGGGAAAAGCAGCUGUACCAGCAAAGAAGAAAGAAGAGGAAGAAGAGGAUGACGACGACGAUGAAGAAGAUAGUGACAAUGACGAAGAGGAAAGCAGCGGAGAAGAAGAACAAGACGAGAAGGACCCCAAGACCCAGGAGCAACCCGCUAAAGCACAAGACAAAGCCGGUGUCAGUGUAAAGGACUAG